AUCGCAACAACUGCAUCACACAACUCAUUCGCCCACCCCUCUUCUCCCUUUACCCUUCUGGCCUCGUUCGUUUUGGCCUGACCUUUUUCUCUAACCAUUGGUAUAACAACAAUGGCUAAAGUCGACAUCUUGAUGUAAAAAUUGCCAUUGCCCCAUCUUCCUUUUCCUUCUAAAAGGGUUCUGCUGCCAAUUUCAAGAAUGGGUUUAGUGGAUUAGAUCCUUUGGCUGAUUCUGUUAGCUGAUUCCUUUUGGUCAGUAUGCAAAAGUCGCAGGCUUUUCAGGCGGGUGGAAAAUCAUAUUUGCGGGCCUCUUGUACAAGUUAAGUGAUAUUUUGAGGGUUGUAGUGUAAAUAAUGGAAGUUCUUCCUCAGUCGGCUGGUGUUCAACAGAAUUCAGAAACAGUUGAUCAUCAUGAUGGUGUAUUUAAAACUUCUGAACAAGGAAGACAAAUAGAAAAUGCCAGUGGUAGUACAGUGGGUGAAUCAUUGCAAAAAGUUGGAGGGCAUCAAGUCGAUAGACAAACUGGAGCUUCUGAUCAUCAGGCAGAAAUUCAAAGCGAAUCUCAAGAUUUUGAUGAUGAUGAUGACUUGAAUGUGCAGCAUGAACCGAUCAACUAUAGGGAGGGAGAGCCGUCUCUGUCUGAACCUAAGUGGUUAAAAGACGAUGAAUCUUCAGCACUAUGGGUCAAGUGGAGAGGGAAGUGGCAGGCGGGAAUCAGAUGUGCAAGGGCGGACUGGCCACUGUCAACUUUGAGAGCAAAACCAACUCAUGAUCGGAAGCAAUACUUUGUUGUGUUUUUCCCCAACACUAGAAACUAUUCAUGGGCAGAUAUGGUACUUGUUCGGUCCAUCAAUGAAAAUCCGGAGCCCAUUGCAUAUAGGACUCACAAAAUUGGACUUAAAUUAGUUAAAGAUUUGGGCAUUGCACGGCGGUUCAUAAUGCAAAAACUGGCCGUUGGAAUGCUGAAUAUUGUUGACCAAUUUCACAAUGAGGCUCUGGUAGAACCUGCUAGGUCUGUGCUGGUGUGGAAAGAGUUUGCUAUGGAAGCAUCACGCUGCAGUGGUUAUUCGGAUCUUGGAAGAAUGCUUCUGAAGCUUCAAAAUAUGAUUCUGCAGAAGUAUAUGAAAGGUGAUUGGCUGGGCAGUUCUUUUCAAACAUGGGUGCAACAGUGUCAGGAUGCAUGUAGUGCUGAAUCAGUUGAGUUGUUAAGAGAGGAACUGUAUGAUUCCAUUCUGUGGAACAAAGUCAACUCUCUUUGGGAUGCACCAGUGCAACCAACAUUAGGUUCUGAAUGGAAAACCUGGAAGCAUGAAGUUAUGAAAUGGUUUUCAACAUCUAAUCCCUCACCCAGUGGAGGAGAAACUGAACAGAGACAUUCUGAUAGUCCUUCCACAAUGGGACUUCAAGUUAGUCAGAAGAGGCCCAAGCUUGUAGUUCGCCGAGCAGAACCACAUGCUCCACAAGCUGAACCAAGCAACCCACCUCAAACUAUGACAUUGGAUAUUGAUUCUGAGUUUUUCAGCAAUCGAGAAAAUACAAACUCCACUGUUCCUUUGUUAACAGGGAUUUCCAAAGAUGAAGAUAUUCAAAAAGGAGCUAAUACACCUGUAGAGUCAACUCCUCGUAGUGUGCCAGAUAGAUGGGAUGGAAUUGUAGUUGAAUCUGGAAGUUCUUUGCUCAGCAAGACUCCUUCUAAAGACAUCACAAUUAGGAGCAUCACGGAUCCUGGUACUAGUAGGAACAGGCAGUGCACAGCUUUCAUAGAGUCUAAAGGUCGGCAAUGUGUGAGGUGGGCAAAUGACGGUGAUGUCUAUUGCUGUGUUCAUUUGGCCUCUCGAUUCACAGGUAGCUCGAAAAAGGCAGAGGCAAGCCCCCCUGUUCAUAACGUAAUGUGUGAAGGAACCACCGUGCUUGGCAGUCGAUGCAAGCACCGGUCUCUUCCUGGUUCUUCUUUCUGUAAGAAACAUGGUCCCAAGACCGGUACUCCUACAAUCAUACCUAAUUCACCUCAGACUUCACUCAAAAGAAAGCACGUAGAAGCAUCUUUCUCCACUUCAGAAACACCACACUGUAGAGAUAUGGUCUUAUUUAAAGAAGCUGAAACUCCCCUUGAAGUGCAGCCUGUCUCAUUCAUACAGUGCGACGCAAGACAGAGUUCAUUAGGUAAAGAGGUGCUACAUUGCGUAGGUUCAAACCCUAUGGAUAAGAACGUUCAUUGCCAUGAAACUCCAAAGAGGUAUUCUUUAUACUGUGAUGAUCAUAUCCCAAGUUGGCUUAAGCGUGCAAGGAACGGCAGGAGUAGAAUAGUAUCAAAAGAGGUUUUUGUAGAUCUCUUGAAAAGUUGUCGUUCAAUGGAGCAAAAGUUGCAUUUACAUACAGCGUGCGAGCUUUUCUACAAGCUCUUCAAGAGCAUUUUGUCGGUAAGAAAUCCUGUUCCCAUGGAAGUACAGCUUCAGUGGGCCCUGACUGAAGCUUCAAAGGAUUUCCUAGUUGGGGAGUAUUUGUUGAAGUUAGUCCGCACUGAAAAGGAGAGACUGGGAAGAAUCUGGGGACUUGGUGCUGGUGAAGAAGAUACUCAUGUCUCAUCCUCUUCCAUUAAAGAAUUGGCAGUUUUACCAAUGCCUCUCGAUGAUGAUGAUGAACAGUCCAUUAGGUGCAAAAUUUGCUUGGACAAGUUUACUAAUGAACAAGAGCUUGGCAGUCAUUGGAUGGAUAAUCAUAAAAAGGAAGCACAAUGGCUAUUCCGAGGGCAUGCUUGUGCUAUCUGCCUUGAUUCUUUCACUAACAAGAAAGGGUUAGAGACACAUGUGCAGGACAGACAUCAUGUGCAGUUUGUUGAACAAUGCAUGCUUCUUCUGUGCAUCCCUUGUAAGAGUCAUUUUGGGAAUGCUGAACAGUUAUGGUCACAUGUCCUCUCGGCUCACCCAGUUGACUUUAGAGUGGCGAAAUCUGAUCCUAAAGAGGCCAUCAGUCGAGCAAUUGAGCAAGAUAAUGGAGCUCCUGUGGAAGAUAUCUCUAACGAUAAUCCAAGUGGUGUAAGAAAAUUUAUCUGCAGAUUCUGUGGGUUGAAGUUUGAUCUACUUCCUGAUCUCGGUCGCCAUCAUCAGGCUGCUCAUAUGGGACCGAAUAUGUUUAGCUCUCGGCCUCAAAAGAAGGGGAUUCGGUACUACUCUUAUCGAUUAAAAUCUGGAAGGCUUACUCGUCCUAGGUUCAAGAAAGGUAUGGCAACAGCUGCUGAUAGGAUCAGGAAUAGGGCGAAUGCUACUAUGAAGAAACGUAUUCAAGCUACAAAGUCAUUAAGUACCAUGGAGUUAAAUGUUCUACCUCAUGUAACUGAGUCAACAGCUCUUGGAAAGUUGGCAGAGUUUCAGUGCUCAGCAGUUGCCAAGAUUCUGUUUUCCGAGAUUCAGAAGACCAAGCCUCGGCCAAAUAACCUGGAGAUCUUGGCUACUGCACGGGCUGCAUGCUGCAGGGUGAGCCUAAAAGCCUCCCUCGAGGGUAAAUAUGGGAUUUUGCCAGAACGGUUUUAUCUCAAGGCUGCCAAGCUGUGCAGCGAGCAUAGUGUUCCGGUGGAAUGGCACCAUGAGGGGUUCAUUUGCCCAAGAGGAUGUAAAAGUUUUAAGGACCCUAACCUGUUAUCACCUUUAGUGCCGGUUGAAAAUGGUUUUUCCAAAUGGAGAGUGUCAAAUCAUUGUUUCGAUCAUAGUGAGUUGGUGGUGGAUGAAUUCCAUUAUGUUAUUGAUUUGGAUGAUGUUAGGGAAGGGCCUAAUAGAAAGGAAGUCGUCCUUUGUAAGGAUAUAAGCCUUGGAAAGGAGUCCAUACCGGUAGCUUGUGUAGUGGAUGAAGAUAUAUUCAACUUCAUCCAUGAUUCAACUGAUGUUCAAAAUGCUGGUGUCCUGAAGCCCUGGGAAUCUUUCACCUACCUUACAACUGCAUUAUUUCACGAAUCCUGUCAUCCUGAAUUCGAGAGUUUUCAGCUGGGAUGCACCUGUCCAUCUUCGAUGUGCAGUCCUGAAACAUGUGGUCAUGUUUACCUCUUUGAUGACGAUUACGAUGAUGCAAGAGACAUAUAUGGAGCACCAAUGAACGGGAGAUUCCCAUAUGAUGAUAAAGGAAGGAUAAUCUUGGAGGAGGGUUACCUUGUUUAUGAGUGUAAUAGCUUGUGUAGUUGCAAUAAAUCAUGCCCGAACCGAGUACUUCAGAACGGAGUACGGGUGAGGUUGGAAGUCUUCAAAACAGAAAAUAAGGGUUGGGCAGUAAGGGCUGGCGAACCUAUCCUACGUGGCACAUUUGUUUGUGAAUACAUCGGUGAAGUUAUAGAUGAAGAUGAAGCAAAAAAUAGGCGCAUCAGGUAUGGAAAAGAGGGUUGCAGCCAUAUUUAUACUAUUGAUGCUCAGACCAAUGACAUGAGCAGAAUGAUCGAAGGAGAAGUUCCGUUUGUGAUUGAUUCCACAAAAUAUGGGAAUGUGUCACGGUUCAUAAACCACAGUUGUGCACCGAAUCUUGUAAACCAUCAAGUUCUUAUUGACAGCAUGGAUUCUCAGCGUUCUCAUAUUGGUCUCUAUGCAAGUCGAGAUAUAGCUUAUGGCGAAGAACUGACACGUAACUACAGGUACGAGAUACUAUCUGGAGAAGGACAUCCAUGCCAUUGUGGCACUUCCAAGUGCCGUGGCAGACUGUACUGAAAUAAUUCACGUGCUGUCCUUCAUCACAAUGUCUGCUACAGCUUGGAGGGAUUUUGCCCUGGUUUUGAGCUCUCGACAGUCAGCAUUGAUCAACCUGUUGUUGGGUUGUCGACCUAGCUCAUCAUGGCAUCGAUUUUGUUGGCUAAAACCUCUGAGCUCCAUUGUAUGAUAUUCUCCUUUUUUUUUAGUUCAUGCAGAAUGUUUUAUGGAAAUGAAUAGCAACGACUUCUUGCAUUGUGCUUUCCCCCCCUUUGAACUGUUUCUACUUGUUGUAGGCUUGUCGCUGUAGGUAGGUGUUAAGAUACUAAUGAUUGCUUAUUAGGGUUAUUUAUUGAAGGGGUUUCUAGCGGCUAUCUUGUUUUGGGCAGGGCAGGCAUUCUUUUGUGCAGGAAUUCUGAUAUUGCAUUGCAUAAAAUGACUCCUUUCAGUACAAUCCCCUCUGUGUAAGGGUUGUUUCCUUGAUUCUAUCACAAGGUAAACUAUACUACAAGUCCCAGAACGGAGGAGCCUGAAUAUCAACCAUUGUGACAUGGUCGAUCGAUGGAACGACAUGAUGAUCCAUUCAUACUUCACUAUCACUCGAACUUCAUUUCUCCACCACCCAUAACUCUGAAGAAAACAGAAGGGAGUCCAAAGCUGAAAACCACCAACCCCAACAUUCCAUAUUCAACAUGUCUUGGAAUUCCAUGUUCCUUCCCCUUCUUCUUUCCUUCGGCCUCAGGCAGUGGAAAUGCCUUAAAAUGCAAAACCAUGGAGACAAAAACCAUCCCACUCCCAAUUUUCUCUCUCACAACUCUCUCCCUCAGAUCCAAAGACCAUAAACCAGCAGUUCCAGUGGCAAGAUCCUCCACCACAACUUUGCAGAACAGGAAUAGGGCAGCCCACAAAGUCACUUCUGCAAUCCUUCUGGAAACAGGAUUGGAGGUAGCUGCUGCCACGUUCAUCAGAUUUACA